AUGAGCCAAACGUGGCCACGUUCUCUCCUCUUCGGUAUUCUCUUCUUCUGUCUUGCCGUAGUCUUCUUUGCUAGCUUCAAACAUCGAGACGGCUUAAAACAUUAUGGGAAUUUCGGAGGGGAACACGUAGCUGAAACACAGUCGCUUGGAGACCCCUCGGACUCAUUAGCGGAGAUCAUUCACCGGCUCUAUGCUCCAUAUCUUCAUCCAAUCACAGCUCUAAACUUCACUGCAGGGACUGGCGAGACCUAUUCGCUCUCCCGCAAGCCGGAGUGGGAUGCGCCGCUCCGGAACCAGAUAGUCAUUAUCGACACCGACUCGAGGCCUUUUAAUGGCACGAACGAGCUGCUGAACAAGACGCGGCUGGACUGGGACAAAGCAGACGGACUGAGUAACGGCGUGUACGGCCACUACCUCUACGCCACCAUCCACGGUUACGACUACAAGUUCGUGCGGACGCCCGAAUUCGACGACCGCGGCCCGUGCUGGGCGAAACCAAUGGCAGUCGCCGACCUGCUAAAGGAUUACCGGUUCGUCAUCUUCAUGGACUCCGACACCGUCUGGCGCUUCCCCGAGAUCCCCCUCGAGUGGCUGCUCAACUACUGGAACUUCACCAAGGAGACCUCGGUGGCCAUGGCGCUGGACCCGGCGGGCAUCGGCGUCAACUACGACAGCUUCGGCAAGCUCGUCCACAACAGCGGCUUCAUCAUCGCGCAGUCCAACGAGCGCACGAAGGAGAUCUUCAAGGCUUGGGUCGAGUGUCCCGAUGGUGUCAGGUAUCCGGAGUGCAAGCAGUGGGCUAACAGCUGGUCGUUCGACCAGCGCGCUUUCUCGGAUCAUGUUCGGUAUGACUUCAACAAGGAGACGGACGUUCUCGAUCUGCCGUGCAAUGAGGCGAAUGGGUAUCCGGAGAGCCAUCCGGGGCUGGCGGGGGAGUGCCACGGCGUGUUUGUCAGGCAUCAUUGGGUUCAGAAACAGAGGAUCAAGCCGGCGGUCGUCAAUUCAAUCAUGCACGUCUUCAUGGAGAGGAUGCACGAUGAAUUUCUUGAGGGGUUUGAUAGAAACGUGUUGACGAGGCAGACGAAUGAUGUUAUCUGGUAA